AUGACGAGGAACAAAAAUAAUAGAAAAGGUGCUAAAAGUCUUCAUUUUCAGAUUAUACAACAGAAGAUGGUGAUCAUGUUAUGGAUGACUGGAAUAAAAGUUAAUGGUCGAGAGUCGUCAUUCAUACCUGUAUUACAUUCACUGUGCAUUGUACUCCAUGACACGCCCCACUCUCCCACCACCCGCCCGCCCACGCCCCCGUCACAUUCACAACCCCGGCCGCCCAAGCCACCUUCACAACCUCUGGCCGCCCAAGCCACCUUCACAACCCAGGCCGCCCAAGCCACCUUCACAACCCAGGCCGCCCAAGCCACCUUCACAACCCCUGGCCGCCCAAGCCACCUUCACAACCCCUGGCCGCCCAAGCCACCUUCACAACCCCUGGCCGCCCAAGCCACCUUCACCACCCCGGCCGCCCAAGCCACCUUCACAACCCCGGCCGCCCAAGCCACCUUUACAACCCCGGCCGCCCAAGCCACCUUUACAACCCCGGCCGCCCAAGCCACCUUCACAACCCAGGCCGCCCAAGCCACCUUCACAACCUCUGGCCGCCCAAGCCACCUUCACAACCCCUGGCCGCCCAAGCCACUUUCACAACCCCUGGCCGCCCAAGCCACCUUCACAACCCCCAGACCGCCCAAGCCACCUUCACCACCCCGGCCGCCCAAGCCACCUUCACAACCCCGGCCGCCCAAGCCACCUUCACAACCCCGGCCGCCCAAGCCACCUUCACAACCCCGGCCGCUCAAGCCACCUUCACCACCCCGGCCGCCCAAGCCACCUUCACCACCCCGGCCGCCCAAGCCACCUUCACCACCCCGGCCGCCCAAGCCACCUUCACCACCCCGGCCGCCCAAGCCACCUUCACCACCCCGGCCGCCCAAGCCACCUUCACCACCCCGGCCGCCCAAGCCACCUUCACCACCCCGACCGCCCAAGCCACCUUCACAACCCUGGCCGCCCAAGCCGCCUUCACCACCCCGACCGCCCAAGCCACCUUCACCACCCCGGCCGCCCAAGCCAUCUUCACAAGUCCCCUGCUGGCAGCUCUCAAAGUACCUUGCUACUCUCGAAUGA